UGGCCAAUGUCAAAAGGAAAAGAUUAUCUUUGAGAAAAGGAUUUUACCAAGGAUUCCUCGUUGAUUUUACUAAUUUUACACGAUUUUCUGCGUUUUGGUUGGACUGACAAGAAAAAUAAAUGAAAAAUACAUAUGGGCGAACUAUGUAUCAAUCAGAGACAACUCUCUGGUAUCAAUAUUAAAGAAGAGGUACACAUUACCUGUGAUGAAGUGAAGUUGAAAGAAGAAAAGAUCGUGGACAUUUUUGAACAAUUUAUAGACAAAGAAGAAGUUUUUGAUAGGGAGAAAUAUAUAAUUCGGAAUGAGGAAACUAACUCAAAUUUCUUGAUUAAAAAAGUCGAUGCAAGUUUGUCAACUGCCUCGUUUACCGAAGAAGUAUCAUAUCCACCAAGUAAUAAACUCCAACCACUGCUUCACAUGGAACAGUGUGAAUUUCCUAAAUGUGAAAAUGAUUAUUCUUCAGGUGAAGAGAAAUAUCUUGAGGAGCACAUACAGUAUGAUCAAACAGCCAGUAUUGAAAGUGGCGUAAACCCUAUUCAUUUGAAUAUUAAGCAACACAAGUGUCAUCGAUGUGAAUUUGCUGGGAGUGUAAAAUCUGAACUCAAAAGACACAUGAAAUCGGUUCAUUUGAGAAUUAAGGAAUACAGGUGUCACUUAUGUGAAUAUACAGCGAAUGUUAAACCAAAACUUGAUAGACACGUAAAAUCUGUCCAUUUGAAAAUUAAGGAACACGAAUGUCAUUUAUGUGAGUAUGCUACAAGUAGGAAAGAGUACCUUCAAUCACAUGUCGAGCGAAUUCAUUUAAAUGUUAAGAAAUACAAAUGUCAACUUUGCGAGUAUGCUGCAAGCACUAAAGUGUACCUACAAAAUCAUGUUGACUUUGUUCAUUUGAAUAUCAAGAAAAACAAAUGUCACUUGUGUGACUAUGCCGCCAGUGAGAAGAGUACCGUCCAAAAACAUGUAAAAUCUGUGCAUUUGAAAAUUAAAAAACACAAGUGUCAUCUAUGUGAGUUUGUUACGAGUAGAAAAUGGGAUCUUCAAAGUCAUGUGGAGCGUGUCCAUUUGGAAGUUAAGAGAUACGAAUGCCACUUCUGUGACUAUGCUGCAUUCUUGAAACCAGCCCUCGAAGUUCACAUUAAAUCUAAUCAUUUGAAUAUCAAGGAACAUCGGUGCCACUUAUGCGAAUAUGCUGCGAAUAGAAAAAUGGAUCUUGAAGUACACAUCAAAUCUGUUCAUUUGAAAAUUAAGGACUACAAGUGUCAAUUAUGUGAAUUUGCUGCUAACGUAAAACAAAAACUUGAUAGACACGUGAAAUCCGUUCAUUUAAAAAUUAAGGGACACAAGUGUCAGCAUUGUGAUUUUGUUACGAGUAGAAAAGACGCUCUUCGAAAGCAUGUUGAACGUGUUCAUUUGAAUAUCAAGAAACAGGAAAGUAGCCUUUGUGAAUAUGCUCCCUGUGAGGAACAUCCAACAACAAGCAAGAUCUGUUCAAUUGAAAAUUGAAGAAUACAGAUCUCCUCAUCUGAAUUCUGUGACAGUGUGAAAGAUAAACUUGAUGGACACGUAAAAUCUGUUCAUUUGAAAUAUCUUGAGUGUCAUCUAUGUUACAAGUAGAGAAGUGUACCUUUAAAAGCAUGUCGAUUGUGUAUAUUUAAUCAUAGACCUAGAGAGAAAUAGACAUUGCAUUGCCUUGCUGAAGAUCACGCUCUAUGACUAAUAUAAAAACCUCACAUUCAACAUCGUAUAAAAUUUGUUGAUUUCAAUAGUAAUUAGCGAUAUUCAUUUGUGUAACCCUGUUACAAAUAUAUUUUUUAUAUUUACA